AUGAUGCAAGCCAAUAAGAUCAAUUAUGACGUCAUCGGACUGACCGAGACGGGACAGCGUCACCCUCUCAAUGCCGUACAUGAAACUUUAGAAGAACUGUUCUUAGGAACAUGCGACAGUAAAGGUGUUGGUGGAGUUGGCGCCCUCGUCAACACGAGUACGGCAGAGAAAAUCGACUCUUUCGAACAACAUAUGACCCGAAUCGGACGUCUGCGGAUGAGAAAAUGUGGUCCAACACCAGCUUUGACUACCUUCGUCGCGAACGCUCCAGCAUCAAGCUACGAAGAAGAAGAAGUCGAAGCUUUCUAUAUGGACCAGGAGAAGGUCUACCGAGAAGAUCAUGCCUUCUACAAGGUCAUAAUUGGCGACUUCAAUGCCAAGGUUGGCCCAAGAAGUACGCCUGAGGAACUUCACAUCGGGACCCACGCCCUACAGUGGAAUGACCGAGGGGAGAGGCUCUCAUGA